GCCAAUCAGCGUGCGCGACAACCAUCGCAUCCCGGAAGAAGGAAGCUCAAACCGAAAAAGGGCGCCUUGAUUGAAAGUGGGAACGUUACCUGAAGCCUGAAGUGUCCUCCUCGUCACUGUGACUAAUGAGCUUCUGCCCCGGUCCGCCCGCCCCCCCGGGGGGCUCCAGCAUCCAGGAGCAGAGGGGCCGCUGGGAGAGGAAACGCAGCCGCACAGCCAGAGAGUUGGUGCAGACAGAGCAGCGCUACGUCCAACAGCUGCAGCUAGUCACCACGUACUUUGUGGAGAUCUUGAAGGCCAAAGGAACCCUGACGCAGGACAUUAGAGAAAGCAUCUUCAGUUCAAUUAAAGCCAUUCAUUCAGUAAACCAAUCUCUGCUGGUCCAUCUGGAGAAUGGCUACUUUGGCCGAGGCUUCGACCAGAUGUGUCCACACCUGCACCACUACAACAUAUAUGUGGACAACAUCUAUAAUGCCAGCAAAGUGCUCGGGGUCCAGCUGAAGAAAAAUAAGGCCUUCAGACGUUUUAAGAAACUACAGGAAGCCCGACCAGAGUUCAACAACCAGAAGCUCGAAGACUUGCUUCAACUUCCCGUUCAGCGGAUCGACCAGUAUAAGCAUUUCCUCCAGGACCUGACAGCCAACACGAGUCCAGACAACCCCGAGUUUCAGCAGCUUUCAAGGGCGGUGAGUGUAGUGUGUGACGUCUCCCAGCGUAUCCAGGACAACGCCCGGUGCCAUGAGAACCACCUGCAGCUUUGCCGGGUGCAGAAACUGCUGAAAGGGCGAAAGACGAAGGUGUCGGCGGCAGGGCGGUGGUACAUCCGGGAGGGUUGGCUGAAGGUGGUUCCUCCCAAAGGUGCAGAUGUUCAGCCCAAGAUGUUCUUCCUCUUCUCUGACAUGCUGCUGCAGGCCAAGCGCUGCGGCCCGCUGCGGCUGUCCAGCGGAGACAGGUUUUCGGGCCAGCGCGCCUACCCCCUGCAGGACUGCACCGUGGAGAAGGUGUUUGGCCACACCCGGAGCCAGGGAGGCCUGCUCAGCCUAACCUUCCCCAAGGCCAAACUCCUGCUGAUGUCCUGCAACCAGGAGGAGCUCAAUGACUGGUACCAGAGCCUGAGCUCCGCUGUCGGGAAGCUGCAGUCUAAGCAGACAGUAGUGCAUCAAAGAGAUGAGUUGUGCCGCAGACCACUCAGACCGACCGCCGACGCAGCCGGCAGCAGGAAGAGGAACAUGGUGAGCGGUGAGACCAGCGCGCAUGCUCAGAAGCCUCCAGCUGAGUGGGGGGGCAGCGCCCCCAAGAGGAUGAAGCAGUGUGAUGCUCCAGAGCAGAGCAGUGCAGAGGCAUCCACCUCCAGCUGUGUGAUCCUCUGAUGGGAUGCCAUCUCACUUCAGACCUGCAACUGCAACAGUUAGUUUUACCGUGCGAGUCAGGAGGUUGGAGCUGCAGCCUCUGCUCAUCCUGUGCAAUAUAAACUAACCAUCUGGAUCUGCUGCUUUGAGAUAAUAUAAUAUAAACUAACAAUAUAUAAAGACCAAAUAUCUGAUGAAUGUUUAACUGUGAGCACCAUGCCGCUUCUGCUCGUCUCCACGACCCUUUUUCGCGGUCGGUACCUGAAUGCACCACUCCCCCAGUCUUCCCGGUCAGCGGUCAUGUGAUGUGACACUGCUUUUACAGGCCACACACAUAUCUGGAUACACAUCCUUGGGAGAUAUUGAGCGUAAAUCAGAGGAGGACGGCAGUAUAACAGGGAGCCUCCUAACCUGUCACAUGACAGGAGCAUUCUGUCCAAUCGGCUUCUUUCUGACUGGAGGAAACACAUGCCUUCACUUUAUGUCAUGUGACACUGAUGUCAUGAUUCAGGAAUUCACCACACUUACCAGGAAGCGAUAUUACAUAUCCCACAAUGGCCAUGCCAAGACCCGCCCUUCAAUAGCAUUUAUUGGCCAGGCAUCCAUGCUUACGUAAGGUAACGCAACCUGAUUUGUUCAGGUCCUAUCCCCUGACCAAUCGGCUAUCCUAAAAUUAACCACUCGAGGUCAGUGCCUAACCCCAACCAAUCAAGCUGCUUUGUAGGGCAGGUCUUGGCGUGGCCAUAGUGGGAUUCUUAUUUCGCUACCAGGAAAUGCUAAUUAUUGCAACAUCUAACUACUAAUCAAUUAUGAAACUACAAAAUUGCCAAUAUUAAAUAAAUGGAAUAAAAAUGAUGAAAUAAAGCGUCACAUGACUAAAAUUGAGUAAAAUUGACUGAACCAAAACUAUUUAAAGUAAAAAAAAUGGCUAAAACUCAGCUGAUUAUCAAGAAAUGUUAUUUCUGUCACCUCGUUAAGUCUGAGUUGAUCAUAGAAAUAUUGAUUUAUUUUCACCGUUUGUUUUAUUUCAUUUCUAAUGUUCUUUCCCCUGACACCUUUGAGUCAGGGAGAAAAUGCUAUUAUGAAAUCUAUUUUUAAUAAAAACAGCUACUAAAUAACAUUUCACAAUAACCGGUUGAGUUCUAAAUCUGUUUUAUUAUUUCAUACAGGGUUAUAUUUUUUUUAUAUUUAAUAGUGGUUAUUGUAAUGUUUCAUAAUUAUGACUAGCAAUGUAUUCCGUGUUCACAUUUACAAUAGUUGGAAUGUCUGAGUUUGUUUGCCGGAUCUACAGUAGUUACUCCUACUAGAAUUAUGAUUAUGAUUAUUGUUAUGAUGAAUGGAAUGAGUGCAUUUAAUCAGCUGCACUGUGUUCUAUCUGCAUCCAGGCCAGGAAACCUGCCUAACAGAAGUUCUAUAAGCUGACUCUUGUAUUUUAAUGAUUACAUCAUGUCUAUAUCCUUUAUUAACUAAAUCAACACAUAUUUGCUUCUCUUCUGCAAAAUACUUCAUAUAUUGUAUUACCACGAUAUAGCAUUUUUAAGCGUGGUGUGUAUCUUACAGAUCAUUUUUAAUAUCUUAUUUUUUUUUUACACCUUUUUGCUAUCUAAAGCUGUUACACUGGCUACAAAUCCUGAAUUGAGAUGGAAAUCAUUACAAUUUCCUAAUAAAACUCUAAAAUAAG